UGCCAUGCGGGCUCACGUGGUCACUUCACGCGCGACCCCCGUGCAGUUUCCCCUUGGAGGCUCAUUUUUGAAGCCAGCUUAGAGGAAACAGAUGCAAGAGCCAGACGACUUGUGUCCAGCACUGAAGGUGGCCCGCAUCGACUGGAGAUGGAAAGAGAACGCGCUGGCCCACCACACCGACCAGUACCAGACCCAGGAGCUGGUGGUGCGCCGGGGGAAGCCCUGGACUCUCACCCUGACCUUCAGUGGGACGAAGCCGUCGGGCAACCUCACAUUCAUCGUGGAAACAGGGGCAACCGCUGCUCUUCAGGCCAAGACGCGGGUGGCCUUCUCCGUGACCCGGGCUCACAACGGGGCUUGGAGCGCGGUCCAGACCUCCUCCGACGCCAGCUCGGUGACCGUCUCCAUUUCGAGCCCAGCCAAUGCCAUCAUCGGACGCUACAACCUCAGCGUGAGAGCCGGCUCCGGGAGCACCACCCCCCACACCACCCUGGGCACGCUGGCCUUGCUCUUCAACCCUUGGCUGCAAGGGGAUGACGUGUUCAUGUCAAACAGCGCCGAGCGCCAGGAGUACGUCCUCUUGGAGUUUGGCCUGGUCUUUGUGGGCAGCUCCAAUCGUAUCUCUCGGUCUGGAUGGAACUAUGGACAGUUUCAAGCUGGCAUUCUGGACAUCUGCCUGGCUAUGUUGGACCGGAGCAGAAGCUUCCUGCAGGACCCCCUCAGUGACCUGACUCGCCGGAAUGACCCCAAGCACGUGGGCCGAGUAUUGAGCGCCAUGGUCAACAGCAACGACGACAGAGGAGUCCUGCAGGGCAACUGGAGCGGGAACUACCAGGGCGGGGAGAACCCCAGUUCCUGGACGGGGAGCGUGGACAUCCUCCGGCAAUGGAAGUCCUCUGGCUUCAAGCCGGUGAAGUACGGGCAGUGCUGGGUCUUUGCAGGAGUUUUGACCACCGUCCUGCGGUGCCUGGGAAUGGCUACGCGCAUGAUCACAAACUUCGACUCGGCCCACGACACCGACAGAAACCUCACCGUGGAUGUCUACUACGAUGAGUCUGGAAACCCCCUGAGCAUAGGAGCAGACAGCGUCUGGAACUUCCACGUGUGGAAUGAAAGCUGGUUUGUUCGGCCUGACCUGGGCUCUGCAUUCAAUGGAUGGCAGGUGAUUCCUUUGGGAUUCAACGUGCCAGCUAGGAAAGAGCGAAGUUCAGGCCUCUUCCAGUGUGGUCCAGCUUCUCUGGUCGCCAUCAAAGAGGGAGACGUGGACUUGAGGUAUGACUGCCCCUUUGUCUUUGCUGAGGUCAACGCGGACCGCGUCACUUGGACAUACAACACGUCCACAGGAGUAAAAAAGAGACUUUACACUGAGACCAAGUCAAUCGGCCAGUCCACAAGCACCAAGGCCGUGGGCAGCUAUGCCCGGGUGGACGUCACCGACGAGUACAAAUACACAGAAGGCUCUGCGAAAGAAAGGAAUGUCUUUGAGAAGGCCCGGUCAAAGCUGAACAUAAACACGCUGAGCUCCACAUCUGCAUAUCUGCUUCCUCCAAAGCCCAGCAUUUCGGGGAAGUUCAAGCUGGAGCGCACCCCGGAGGUGGGCAAAGACAUCCACUUAGCUCUGAUGCUCACCAACCAUGCUUCUGAGCCCAAGACCACCGAGGUGAACAUGACAGCGUGGACCAUCGUCUACACGGGGAAGCCGAUCCACGAGGUCUGGAAGAACACCCAGUCUGUGACCCUGAACCCCAAAGAAGAGAAAACCUUCCCUGUGAAGAUCGCCUACGAGGAUUACCAGCAGCACCUGACCACGGACAACAUGAUCCAGACCACGGCCUUGUGCCACCCGCAGGAGCGGGAGGGGGACGGAGACGCCCUGGUGGAGCGCGUCAUCACGCUGGAGAACCCCAGCCUCACCAUGAAGGUGCUGGGCCAGGCGAGAGUCAACAAGACGGUGCAGGUGGAGGUGCUGUUCACGAACCCUCUCGCUGAGUCGGUCAAGGACUGCGUGCUGCAGGUGGAGGGCAGCGACCUGCUGGCGGAGAAGCUCAGGCUGGACGCCCGCCCGCUGGAGGCCAGGCAGCAGGAAGUCAUCCAGUUUGCCCUGACCCCCACCAAGGCUGGCACCAAGCAGCUGCUCGCCAAUUUCUCCUGCGACAAAUUUCAGGACAUCAAAGGCUUCGAGACAGUGGAAGUGGCGCAGUGAACCUGGAGCCUGCGGGGGCCUGGCAGCCAGGAAGGGGGCCGCUGCCACUGAAUCCUCUGCCUGUGAGCUGUUGGAAGAGAAGGACUUUACCCUGUUUCCUGCCUCGACCCACAGAGAGGGUUUUACUAGAGAGCCAGACGCUAGAUCGGGACCUAGGGAUUGACACCUUUACUCUGACGUACUGGCUCUAUCCCUUUGAAGUUAGACUGAUACGCUCAGGGACUUCCUUCCUUCCUUCCUUCCUUCCUUCCGCCUUCUUCUUGCCCACUUCUCCAUCUUUUUCCAACAUGCUUAGAGGGAGGACGGGUGCUCCGUGUAUCCAUCUCCAUCCGUCAGGUGACAUUCCUGAUGAUACCAACCAGGUUUGGUGAAGUUUGGUUCAGGGGGUCCAUUAGUGAGCCUAUCUACCUGCCUUUCUAUCCAGAAUGGAGUUCACAAAUAAAUACUUUUUUGAUUA